AGAGCAUCCAGUCAACGGUGUAUACGUGCCACUGAAAUAUCUACGCGCUUGCCAGACUCUACCCUGGCAUACUCAUAGGGUCUACCUGGGCCAAGGAUUUGAGUGGCUCAUCUUACUAAAUUAGCGUAUUUCACGACAGUCAUCGAUAGUCCAAAAUGGCGAUGAGUCAGUUAGACGUAAGAUUAGACUGUACUAUAAAAUAAACUUGUGGUAGGCGUAAGAGCGGGAGUAAAAAUGUCAUUUACCACGUUACUGCAGUUCUGAUUUUAGUGAAUGUGAAAAAUGCUAAGUGACACGUAGUUUAUAAGGAAAUGAGAAAAUGGUGAAAAGGAAUUGUUAUUACUGGGAUGGGUUCACAAACGUUAGAAAUCCUUCGACAGGGAGUCUGGGCGAGCCUGACAGGCGGUUGGUUCUAUGACCCACAUCUUGACGUAUUUUCCAAUACCUUCCACCUUUAUAUUUGGUUACUGCUUCUCUGCUUACCAUUUACCAUAUAUUUAUAUUUUCCACCAACGUUAUAUGUAUGGCUGGCAUAUUCUUCAUCUAUAGUGGCUUUGUUUGGUACAAUAAAAUGUGUAAAUCAUGCACUACACUGUGUCUACGAUACCACCGAAUGCUUAGAAGAGCCAGGUCAAAGUGUGAGUCAAGUGAAGGCAGAGAGUGAAAAAAAACGAGUGCCAAGAAAUAAACGUCGUGAAACACCUCAGGAUCAAGUUGAUUUGGGUAUAGAGCUUCAGGUUUUGAAUGGUAAAACUGAUACCCCACCAGUCGAAUGCUCGUCACGAAAUUCUUACAUUGAGCCAAAUGCUCAAAAUGCAGAUGCUGAUAGCAUAACAUCUGAAUAUAAUCGAGAUAAACCGAGUUCUACUAUAGAUCUGAAAGUUGAGAUACAUAGAAAGAAUAGCUCAGAAAGCUCUGAAGAGGCUCAGCAGCUCGGUAAGGCCACUGUUACAAGUAUCAAUGUGCACAAGGCGGAACUAUUUUCUACUCAAGAUCAUGAUCGGCUCAGAAAAAGGUUCAAUGAUUGUCGACUGAUGCGACAGAAGUGUGUUGUAAUUGCAGAAGAAGAUCAAACAGGAUCCCGAAUGCUUUCACGCUAUUCUUCUAAAGACUCGCGCAGUCGUCACUCAAAGCAAGGAAGUUUGGGUAAAACUGGUUCUGAAAGCCAAAUCAAGCAAACUAGUUCUCUUGAAUUAGAGCAGCAUGGGGAUGACUUUCCCUAUUGGAAAUCAAAUCAGAGCGUCCGGCGAUUAGAUUCCAAUUCCAUUCCAUUGGAAACACACUUAAAUGCUGAUCAUCCUCAGAGUUUAGAAAUUAUUUCUAAAAAAGAAGACAAUGAAAAAAAUGAGAUUCCAUCUCAUCCGCAGUCGCUGGAGGUUAUUCCUAAAAAGCCACAUCAGCCUCUUAUGCAUCCACAAAGUUUGGAAGUUAUUGGUGCAACCAGUAAAAAUGCAAGUUCCAAUGACGACAACAACCUUCCACUUCACCCACAGAGCCUUGAAACUAUAAAUACAAAAAAGGUUUUACCACAAAACACGUUGAAAAGGAACCAACUGCAGCUGUUACCAUACCUCAGUUAUGGUUCAGAAAUAGUCUACCCAAUCGCGGAGCAAAGCGAUGAACAAUUCCCUAUGGAAAGUUCAGGAGGUUUUAGCCGACGAGAUUCAUACAGUCCCCUACUUGUACGACAAAUGAAUGAAAAUGGGGCCGGAGGAGUUAAUAGGGAUAGAAGUCUCAGCACCAGUGGAUUUGAAGAACGAUUCACAAGGUUCAAUGGAGAUACAGUAAUUGAUAACGACUCUGCGAACUCACGAGAUGCUCUGCUGGACGAUACUAAGACUAACGAUAAACGUAGAUUUAGUAACACCAGUCAGAGUAGCCAUGAAUUAUCUGACGGUGAAAGACACAAAGAGAAACAGCAAGGAAAGUGCAAAAAUGUUGAGGACCCCUUGUACUCUGCUAGUUCUGGUUUUGAUUGGCUUUUCGAACAUACCGACUCUGAAGUAGAACCAUCACAGAGUCAAAGUGCGUUUUGGAUGUUUACUCGAUCCGAUGAUACGGACACUUCAGAGAGCCUACAGACGGCUAGCACUGAUUAUCUUCAUGGAAAAGAGUUGGACUCCGGAUCGUCUAGCACAACAACAUUGAGUAUCGAAAAUGAGGUGAAAAAAAAAUUACUAUCCCAGGUUGAAGUGGACUGUAAGCGUCAUCAAGGAGCCAUUCCAAAACAAUGUCGUGCAAAGAUACCUGUGGAAUCUAAUGUCGAGCAUUUACCAGAUACAGCGCCUACUCUUAUUAAACCUAAACGAACUCUAGAAGUUCGUAGGGAAAGGGAAAGAAAGUUUGAACAAACUAGUGGUUCGAAUAACGAACUGAGUACUCUAUUACCUACUCCAGCCCCACCAUUACUGGCGGCUCUGCUUAGUACCGGUAGGGACUUACCUGGCCAAUCUGGUACACUCUCGGAUUUGAGAUUGACUCGAAAUACAGAAUCCCGGAAUUCGCGAUCUAAACACAAACGCCUAAAACGAUCAAACAGAACGCAUAGAGGCCCCAGAAGUAACUUACGUGAAGACAAUUCAGUGCCCUUAACUGCCUUGGCCAGUGUGAUUUCAAAUAAUAAUUGUCACUUGGCCACGAGCCACAAUGACACCACCGAAGGUGCUGUGCAUUGUUUUCGUGACGAGAAUGGCCGCUGGUUAACGUAUACGUUUGACGAAAAAGGAACGGGGAUAGCAAAUACUUCUCAAAUUGCAUCAAGUGGGAAUGGCAAAUUAUUAAAUACUUUAUUACGUCAACAAGUGUAUCAAAGCUUACAUUGUGACGAAACUUGGGAUCUAACUAAUUCGUUAGCCAAGAGUUACAGCACCUUAUCCCUAAACUCAGCCGCGCUCACAGUGAUAAUUGAUACCCCACCAGUGUUAUCAAGUCCUGUGACAAACCAAACAAAGACACAGAAUGUAGUGCCCUCUAAUUUAGUUUCGUCAAGUGCAGCAGGAUCCAGUCAAUAUGUACUGGAUAGUUCUGAAAGAGAUCCAUUUCGGCAUGUACCAUUGGAAGACCGAAAUCGAAGACUAAAUCUGCGUAACAAUUUGAAUCUAUUUCCUGCUGAAAAUGGAACUUCCAUACCAGGUUUAUCACUACUACCUGCGCAUCAAGAAGCCGAAACAAAUACGAGUUUAUCAUGGAAUCGUUUUAUUGAUGGCUUGGAUAUACCCAAUGAUGCUAAAGCCAAACAAUCAAAACAUUAUUAUAAGUGGAAAAUCGGAAAGCUACCUCAUAUCAAAGUCCAUUUUGAUCGUUUGGCUUUAUUAGCUUUGUUGGACAGAAAUUUAACAAUAUUCGAAACUGUGGUGUCUACAAUUUUGGCAGUAGCUGUUGCUAGUUUAGGAAUUUUACUUUUGCAACGCGAAUAUUAUCGUGACAUUUUUGCAUUUAUAUUUUGUAUUGUUAUAGCCAGUUGUCAGUAUUCGUUAUUAAAAUCAGUUCAACCCGACGCUGCCUCGCCAACACAUGGAUUUAAUCGUAUUGUUGCAUUUUCAAGGCCUGUAUAUUUCAUCAUUUGUACAGGAUUAGUUCUAAUACUCAACGAAUCUCUUGACAAUUUUCAAAGUUCCGAUUUUCGUGUUUAUGGAAUACUCGUUUCUGAUCGGGCAGUUGUUGUACAAAUAAGAAACGUCUUGCUUAUUUUCCUUUUGUGCUUUCCCAUUGUAUUUUCAUUGGGACUUUUUCCACAAAUAAACACAUUCCUAAUGUAUCUUUGCGAGCAUGCUGAUAUCCAUAUUUUCGGCGGGAAUGCAACGACUGGCCUCAUUUCUUCUGUUUAUUGCCUUUGUCGCAGUGUACUGACAGUUCUUAUCCUAUAUGGUUUCGCUUAUGGUGCUUUAACUGAGUCUAAAUCAUCUCAGCACAUUUUGUUUUCCAUAUUUAUUGGUUUACUUGUAGCUGCUUCGUAUCACUUGAGCAGAUCUUCUUCAGAUCCUAGUGUAGUUUGGGAUAUAGUUAAGCGAAAUUUAUGGCCUCCGGAAUUAUAUCUGGAAGAAAGAGAAGUGAAGAUUAUAGAAAAUACAUCUCACAAAGAUGAUCUAACUUCUAAAUACAGAGACGUUAAAAUUCGAUCUCUGGGAACAAAAAAAGACGUUAAAAUAAAAGUUAGCGAACAAAUUUCAGAUUCAGAACUGAUCGAUCCUCUACCUGAAAAACUACGUUCGACUGUAAAUAUCAGACUCAAGAACGAUUUAAUAGUAUGUACUGUAUUAGGAAUUCUAUCAUUUGCAAUUCAUUGCUCAACAGUGUUCACCGCAUUGCAACCAGAAUUAAAUCCGGUUCUAUGGAGAAUCGCAAGUUGUUUGGGAUUCUUGCUUCACUAUAUUAUGCCACAACUCAGGAAACAGUUGCCAUGGCUGUGCUUAGCAAAACCUGUAUUGAGGAGUCACGAACAUACUCAGUUUGAAGUGAAAGAACCUGCUAAAAUAAUGUGGUUUGAAAAGGCUUCCGUCUGUCUUUGUUUUGUCGAGAGAAAUAUUUUAUAUCCAGUUCUAUUUUUAGGUGCUUUGACAGAAUGUUCCCCAGAUAUUGUCAAAAAAUUUGGAGAAGGUAUAGGUUCUCUUAUUGUCGUUAUUUGCGGGAUGAAAGCACUGCGUUCAGCAUAUUCCGAUCCUUCCACACGCUAUCUUAUCCUCGUCUUUACUGUUUUACUUUUUAAAUUUGAUUUUCGAGAUAUUGGAGAAACAUUUUUAGUCGACUAUUUCGUAAUGGGAAUUGUAUUCUCCAAAGUCUAUGAGCUUUUGUUAAAAAUACGAUUUGUUGUCACUUAUAUAGCACCAUGGCAGAUAACGUGGGGCAGCGCAUUUCAUGCAUUUGCACAGCCUUUUUCUGUCCCACAUUCUGCAAUGUUAUUUUUACAAGCUGGAAUAUCUGCCAUUUUAAGUACUCCAUUGAAUCCUCUGCUGGGUAGUGCUAUAUUCAUUUCUUCCUAUGUACGACCGGUGAAAUUCUGGGAACGAGACUACAAAACGAGAAGAGUUGAUCAUUCAAACACUAGAAUGUCGUCCCACUUGGAGCGCAAUUUGGGUGCCGAUGACAAUAACUUGAAUUCCAUAUUCUACGAACAACUUACAAGAUCGCUCCAGCACAGUCUAUACGGAGAUUUGGCACUUGGACGUUGGGGUGGAGUUACUCAAGGCGACUGUUUUUUACUUGCAUCUGACUACCUGAACUGUUUAGUUCACAUUGUGCAAUUAGGAAAUGGCUUAGUCACAUUUCAAUUGAGAGGGCUUGAGUUCCGAGGAACCUAUUGUCAACAGAGAGAGGUUGAGGCCAUAUCAGAGGGCAUUGAGGCCAAUAACAACUGUUGCUGCUGUGAGAUGGGCCAUUUUUCCAAUGUGUUGAGCGUAAACGCCGCGUUUAGUCAGCGCUGGCUUGCUUGGGAAGUAGCUAGUAGCAAGUAUGUCCUGGAGGGUUAUUCAAUCUCUGAUAAUUCUGCAGUCUCUAUGCUACAAGUAUUUGACUUCCGGAAAGUUCUCGUCACGUAUUACGUCAAGAGUAUUAUUUUCUACGCAAUUAAAUCUAGUAAGCUAAUGCAGUGGCUUGAAAAUCCUGAUAUCAUUGAGGCGUUGAAACCGACAUUGGAAAAGAACUUUGUAGACCUUGAUCCUGUUUUCAACAUGAACAUUGACGAAGAUUUCGAUUUUCGUGCAAGCGGCAUCACCAGAAGUAGUUUUUGCAAUGUUUUUUUGGACUGGAUACAAUUCUGCACUGCGAAACGUGACAAGUUAUUGGAGAGAUCGAGAGAUUCAUGUCUAGUAUCGCUGUGUUUUGCAUUAAGUCUCUUAGGGCGCCGUGCAUUAGGUGCAGCAUCUCACAACACUGUGUCUAGUGUUGAAUUUUUCCUGUACGGAUUACAUGCUCUAUUCAAAGGAGAUUUUCGUAUAACGUCAGCACGUGACGAAUGGGUACUUAGAGAUGUAGAGCUGUUGCGUGGAGUAGUAGCAAAAGGAGUUAGAAUGGCUCUAAAGUUACAUCAAGAUCACUUUAUGAGCUCUGAAGAGUACGAGGAGACAGCAGCCUUGUAUGAUGCAAUUGAGGGUCACGAUCGAGGACUUGUGAUUAGCCACGAAGCAGAUCCACUGUGGAGAAAUGCAGUACUGGGUGGAGCACCAAGUCUUCUCGCUCUUAGGCAUGUGCUAGAUGACGGAAUAGAUGAAUAUAAAGUGAUAAUGCUGAAUAAACGUUAUCUCAGUUUUCGAGUAAUCAAAAUGAAUCGUGAAUGUGUCCGUGGACUUUGGGCUGGUCAACAGCAGGAACUUGUAUACUUGCGCAAUCGAAAUCCUGAACGUGGUUCGAUACAAAAUGCCAAGCAAGCUUUACGUAACAUAAUUAAUAGUUCUUGCGAUCAGCCAAUUGGUUAUCCAAUUUAUGUGUCACCACUGAUGACUAGUUAUGCUGAAACAAAUGAGCAACUGUGUUCGAUAAUAGGAGGGCCGUUGAGUCUAGGCUCGAUUAAAAACAACGUACUCAAAUUGUGGCGAAGGGUGAGACGGCGAUGCGGGCAGGGUUGUUCGUCCGGCGGUACUGGUUCACAGGAUGAUGGUGGAUUUGGUACUGAAGGAGUUCACGCUAUGACCACAUAUAAUAUACAUUCCGGUUACAAUCAAUCUGGUCACAAUACAUCGGGUUCACAAUCCAUGGAUUCAAGUUGUCAAAUUGGAGGCUCCGCAGGGCGAGGUUCACUUGGUCGAGCAAAUACAGGCUCUCUCGGAGGCAACCGUGGUUCCUUGGCAUCAGUUGGAAAGCCCACAAGUGCAACAUUGGCUAGUUUGGCCGGAUUGCUGAGCAGUGGAGAUAUAAAAGCUGAAUCUAAAAGCGAAACUAGUUUCACAAAUAAACAAGAAAAAGACGAAGUCUUCCAAAGGGUUCGAAUCGUGGAUCCAAACCAAGUGUAUGAUGCAAUAAAUUUGGGAAGAAGGAUUGAUGUUACAUGGCCAGAUGAACGAAUGAGACAGCAAGGCGGUCGUUCUGGAUGGCAGCACUGGGUUCCUGAGAAAGGCAUGGAAGGUUGUAUAGUACAUCGUUGGUCACCAAAUCACCGUGACCCCAAUAGACGAUCACACGUUGAUAAAGUUAUAUUACUUGUCAAAAUUGAUGAGAAAUAUGUCCCUGUGGCAGAACAGGGUGUACAAGACUUGGGUGCCGAAGUGUAACUAGAAUUUUUAAGGUUUUCGGUAACUCUUGAUAACCUACAAGGAAUUAUUGUAAAGUUUCCUAUAACAAUAAUCUAUAAACUUGUCACAUUCAUUGCCAUUGCCUAAUAAGUUUUGCAAGACUUGUGUGCAAAUGAUUAGCUAUGUUACUUAGAGUAAGAUUUAUUGAACUAGAGCAAGUUUGAGAGAUUAAAUAGAGUUGAUAUAUUUCUUGUUUAAUAUUAUUCAGUCAUUCAAAAACUCCGUCUUAGCUCUGAUUUUGUAAUCAAAAUUAUAUCAUUUCAUAUUUCUUUAAUUAUCGUUGUCGUUUCAUUGCCCAUGAGUGCAUUUUUCCUGUAAAACUGUAAUUGUAUAAUUUAUAUUCAAUCGUUUUCGUAAGACAGUCUUACGUUUUUAGCUUCGCGGAGUUGCUAUUCAUUACAUUGCACUAUCGAUUGAAUACUUUCAUGAAUAAUUUCGUUAGUAUCCAUACGUAAGUACUUCUUUACAACAUUUACUUGAAGAUCAAUAUAAAAUUCUUAAGUUAUCAAUGAUUUAAAGUAGUUGCAUUUUGACUUUUGUUUAAUUAUUAUGAAUGAUGUUAACUUUACUGUUUGAAUUUUUGGAAUGAACAACCCAUCACUUGCUUUGAUUUGUCAAAAAAUAAAACGUUUUAAAUAGAUGGAAUUCCAAAUAAUCGAGUAAUUAGAAACUUUCAAUUUUAGGCAAACAUUUUCAAACCAAUAUUAAAUGAAUAAUAAAUUUUUUUAAUUUAACAUUUUACAUUGUAUGAUAUGAAUGAUGCCUCUUAAAUUCAGAACUUAUCCAAUAUCGCAGAUGUAAUUUGAAACUGAAAAAUGAAAUAUUUUAUUCAAUUAUUAAUCUUUUAAAGAAACUAAAUAGUUUGUAAAAUACCAAUUCUUUUCGCACUUUUAUCAAAGCAUAUUUCUUUUAUAUUUCUCUUCACCACAUUAAAAACAACACAGUGUCCCACUUUGAUAUACUGUCACAUAUUUUUUCUUUCGAUUUUUAACAUCUUUAAAAGUUGAUGAAAUAACGUUCGUAGAAAGUCUAUCACUAGGCAAUAAUUGACAACUUUCAUUUUCAAAUAAUUACUACUUUGAAAUUAGAGCUUGUGAUCUGUGAAUAAACCGAAGUAAAUUAAUAUAGUAUAAAAUAAGAAAAUUUGUUACGUUUUCUAGUUUUGUUGUUUGAUUUGGUAUUUGAGCCCUUUCAUUUCAGUGUUGUUCUAUAUGAAUACUGCUCAUAUAAAUCAUAAAAGUGUAAAACGUAUACCAAAUUAUUGUACCAUAUUUAUAAUAUAGUUAGUUAUUCUAAUUAACUUUCUCGUAUAUGAGAGAAAUGGGUAUUGCUUGUAGUCGGAAUAAAAGCUAGAUACAAUGUUAGGUUUAAUUUUAAAUUUUUAUUAAAUUAUUAUCACUAUUAUUAUUUUGAAUUGACUUUUAUAUAAGAGCAAUGAUGACUUAUUCUUUUCAAACUUAUAUGUCAGACUAAUCGCGGGCAACAGACUAUUGGUUUUAUUCUGUACAACAAGCGAUUAAAUCCAUUUCAAAAUUAUGCAUCAAAUCUGUCAUGUUUUUCUACAUUUUGUUACCUUUUUGUUUAAGUGAUAAAUAAUAAUUGGAAGAUAAUUAAUGUAAAUAGCUAAAAUUGUGUGAUUGUCUCUUUUUGUGGACAUAUUUUUAUUAAAAGUUUACAAAAUAUUCAAAAGAGAUGUGAUGUAUAAUAUAAUGCAAAUACUUUGUGUUUCAGUAGAACCUUCUCCAAAUUGUUAAUAAAUUGUUUACGCUGAUAUGAAA